AUGACGACAACUACUUUCAACCGAAUAUCAAAAUAUCCUGAUGGUAAUGGUGAGAAUGGUAAUGAUGACGAUUCUUUGAUACCACCAGCGGAUGAGCUCUCUGAAGCAAUGUAUAGAAAUUCAAAGCUAGCAUAUUUGUUCCCUACUACUACUAAUACAUCAACAUCAUCAACAACAACAACAGCGGAGAUUCCGAAACCUAGUCAUAUUACAUCAGUGUCUACUCGUGUUGUCGAAACUGCCAAAGAACUUGCACCAGCAGCUAGUACCUAUCACCAACCACAAUGGAAACUACUCAAAACAUUAGCUGGAGCUCAUCAAGGAUGGAUUCGAACCGUGGCAUUAGAUGAAGUAACAAACAAAUGGUUUGUUACGGGUUCCUCGGACUCUACAAUAAAAAUCUGGGACCUUGCAACCCUGCAAAUGAAAGCUUUGUUGACUGGUCACAUUAUGGGUGUGCGAACACUAAUUGUCUCCAAAAGAUUCCCCUAUUUGUUUUCCGGAGCAGAAGACAAGACAUUGCGAUGUUGGGAUUUGGAACGACUGAAUGCACCAGAAGGGUGCCAAAUAAGAAACUAUCAUGGUCAUGUAGGUGGAAUAUAUGCCUUGGCAUUACACGAUGAAUUAGAUGUUUUACUAAGUGGAGGAAGAGACUCGGUGGUUAGAGUUUGGGAUAUACGAACGAGCAAAGAAGUUGCAUUACUUGUGGGACAUACAAAUGAUAUUACAUCAAUCGUGGCCGAUGUGAAUGAACCCCAAGUCAUUACCAGCUCAAUGGACGGCACUAUACGACUAUGGGAUUUGCGGAACCAGAAAAGUCUCACCACCAUAACUCAUCAUUCGAAAAGUAUUCGAGCAAUGAAAGCACAUCCAGACGAGUAUACGUUUGCAUCUGGAGAUUCAAGCGGGGCUAUUAAGCAAUGGCUUCUACCAAAAGCGCAAUUAUUGAACAAUUUUGAAUUCGAUGACGAUCAAGCAAGCCGUAUCAUCAAUACAAUGAGCAUAAACCCUGUCACAAAUACAUUGUUCUCAGGUUAUGAUGAUGGUAAAAUGAAUUUUUAUGAAUACACGCUGGGAAAGUUGCUUCAAACAGGAUAUGCUCCAAACCUUCCCGGUUCCGAGCGAGCUGCAAUUUACGCUUCAACUUUCGACAUGUCUGGGCUAAGACUCAUCACAUGUGGAGGCGACAAGAGUAUAAAAAUAUGGGGCAAUGCCGAUGUUGAUGUCGAUGUUGAUGUCGAAGUCGAAGUCAGUGCCAAUGCAAGUGUCAAUGCAAAUGCAAAUGCAAAUGCUGCUGACGCAGGUUGA